UUGAGUUGCUUUUUAUCAUGCCGGAAGCGGCUAAAUCUGCUCCUGCUCCGAAGAAGGGAUCCAAGAAGGCGGUUACUAAAGCGCAGAAGAAGGAUGGUAAAAAGCGCAAACGCAGCCGCAAAGAGAGUUAUUCCAUCUAUGUGUACAAGGUGCUGAAGCAGGUUCACCCGGACACCGGUAUUUCGUCUAAGGCCAUGGGCAUCAUGAACUCGUUUGUCAACGACAUUUUCGAGCGCAUCGCGGGCGAGGCGUCGCGCCUCGCGCAUUACAACAAGCGGUCGACCAUCACGUCCAGGGAAAUCCAGACGGCCGUGCGCCUACUGCUGCCCGGGGAGCUGGCCAAGCACGCCGUGUCCGAGGGCACCAAGGCUGUCACCAAGUACACCAGCGCCAAGUAAACAGUGAGUGGGUUGCAAACAGUUUUAACGGCUCUUUUAAGAGCCACCAUAUGCUCAGAGAGAGAGCUGGUGCUGGUUCUGUUUCUGCGCUGGGCCUUCGUAGCUCAUUACAGUAUUUAGUGUGCGAAGUAGAGCAAUUACUGAGCAGUUCUUUAGGACUUUCCUGUCACGUAUAUAGCAAUCAGAAUAAAAUCUGUGGAAGAAGGAGAGGGAUUGGAAUAGAAGAUGUUGGUAAUUGUUGAAGCUUGUCUGAUGGACACCUGGAGUCAACAAGGGGUGACAAUGAGAGGAAUCAAGUGCUGGCAAAGAGAAAUUCUGGCGACUGAACUAAGGGAACAAGAAGGCCAUUUGCACAAGGGAGGAGCUCAUAGCAGCAGCCGUCCCCUCCUCCCAUCUCACAGGCUCGACAAUCAAGAAACGCUAUCGCCAUCUUGUGGCCCUUUAAGAAAAUGUAGCUAAUAUUGUUUUGUGGUUUCUACUAGGCAGUCCAUUGCUAGGGUUUAAUAAUUGCAUAUAUAAAUAAUACAAUAAACAAUCCUAUUUCAAACACAGCCCUCAUCUGCCCAGUUCCCCCAUCAAUAACAAAGAACCACAUUUAUUAGUUUCCUGUGUACCCAUCUGGAAUUUCUUUAUACAAACACAAAUAUGUAAGGGUGAAUUCUGUUAUGUCUCCAUUAACAUAAAUGGCCAGUGGCUAUAUUCCUUUCACGGUUCUGUGCCUUGCUUUUCUCAUUAUCUAGCUUGGAACUCUUUCCUAUUAGUAAGUAGAGUGGCUGAAACUUCUCAGCAGGUGCACCUGAGCCAGUGAUCCUAGGAGUGUAACCUGAGGCCAAACCUUUUCCUACACUGGCUGCAUCUUCCCUGAAAAUAAGCCUGAUGCUUAUUUGAGAGGAAGCCUGGGACUCUUCGAUGAGCUGCCCAGGGGCUGAACCUGGUCCGGAAAGCUCUGGGGUGGCUGAAUUCCUGUUCCCUUCCUGAGAUGGGACUUCCAUGCUUUGUAAUAAGGGGCAUUGAGGUCCUAAUGCAAGUAUUCGUCUUGUCAGUGAGGCCGCCUUUGACUGUCAUCUUUAAUAAUUAAGCCACCCCAUGCAAAUUUCCUAUUUCUAUUACUAUAUUUUUCUUCAUAAUGCGUAUCAAGAUCUGGCAUGCUAUAUACUUAUUCUUUUGCUUAUAAUCUUCACCAUACUGCCCUCUUCACCAGAAUGUAAGUCCCUUGGGAGAUGUAUUUUUCUGUUUUGGUCUACUUUGAUCACUACUGUAUCCCCAAGCUUCUAGAACGGUGCUUGGCACAAAGUAUAUCUGGAUAAAGUAAUAUUCCUUGGCUCCACUGCUGUUAUGGGAAACCCUCAAAGAAUUUUCUUUACUUCCUUGGGUGUAAAGGAAGUAAAGAAAUCCUUCCUUGGGAUUCAACAGAUCAAAGACAAAUUGUUUUCACUUCCUGCCAUUCUCUGAGUGCUCCUUCUGGUGACUCCCAGUUUUCUCUCCCCUGCAAAAACCUUUGGUUUUGUUAAAACUCAGAUUGCUUCUUCUUCCUAAAUAUUUUUCAUUAAUGGUUAUUGGUACAUACAUUAUUUUAUUUUUAUAUGCCAAAUAAGGCAAGUGACACAUUGUGUCACAUCAAGAUAGUCUGCCCUCUCAGAAUUUCAAACUUAGCGCCAUUCUGUCAGGAAAAACAUGCAGCCUGGUUGGUUUCAGGGGUUGUGGCUAACAGGAAAUGACAAAUCUCCCUCCCCUCAAAGUACUGUUUUCUGAAUUAACAUUUCUCCCAGUAGAGAAACACUGGUAUCUAAGGACUUCUCCACAUGGGCCAAGGCUUCCAUUUCACCCCUGCAGUUAGAGGGACCCAGCACUAGAGGGCAGUGCUGUCGAUGCCAUUCGCUGCUCAUCCAGCGGGAGGACCCUGUGGACAUGUGAGUGGAGACAGUUGUGUUCGCAUUUGGCUAGUCUUUUUUCUUCACCUGAACUCCCUUGCCUUCCGAAAUUUCAAUCACUCUUUCACUGCCCAUAGUCUCCUCUCUGGCCAUAGUAGAUGGAGUAUUCUAUCUAGUCCAACCAAUGAAGGGACGAAUUACUGCCAAACUUGUCUCCAGCCUAAACGCCUUUAAAUCUGCACUUCCAACCAAGUGGCCUGAGAUCCUCUUCAAAAUACCAUCAAAAGGACCUCAUAGCAAUAAUCGCCACUAUCUGUCCAGUGCUGUGUACCACAGAAAUAUAAAAAUCUAAUUACUCACAUUGCUUUAUUUAAUCUAAUUUAAUUUAUUCAUGAACAUAUAUCAUUAUCCCCAUUUUAGAUGUGAAGCUGAGGCUCAGGGGAAAAUAAAUUCUUCAAGUCACAUGGCUGAUAAGUGGCAAAGCCAGUACUGGAAAGCAAAUUUUUUUGAUUCUAAAAUGUGUGUUCUUUCUUCCAUCUCAGCUCAUGUUCUCUCCAUGUUCCUUCUCCAUGUGUCCUUGCAAGUUCUCUUAACACAUAUUUACAGAUUUGAGGAUUUCUUCACCAGUUAAAGAGAUAUCCCCACCUCCGAGGGCUUGCCAGAUCUUGUAGAUUAUUCCUGCACAUUCUUUUUCUUUUCACUCAUUCCUUCAGCCAUUCGUGGUACAUAGUACUGUAGAGGAAAUGCUGUGUCACAUAUAGGCCACCUCUUACUUCAGAGGCUGAUGGAAGGAACAUGGCCCAGCAUCUGGGGCCCUUCCAUGUUUGAAUAGCUUCUGGUUUCUUCACCUCUAGACACACCAUCUUGUAAUCUUUCUGACACAGCUAAAGAAGUGUACUUCAAAACUCAGUUUGAAAUGUAACUCCUCUGCUCAAAGUUCUUCAAAAGAUCUUCCAUCCCCUUAAUCUGAAUUUCAAACCAUUACUCAACAUUAUGUGCAACUUUCGAGCUUACUAAAAAUUCAUUUCUAUCCUGAAUGAAUGUUUUAUACCCAAUUAAACAAGUUCUUCUUUCCUCAGAGAGAAGUUCCCAUUUCCAUGCUUGUGGCCUCUACGCUCUUUUCUUGCUUCAGUUUUAUUCUUUAAUGCCCAUUCUUGAUUGCUUUGAUCUGAUACAUUGUUUUUCUCUAAACUCCCCACAGCUUUUUAUUUAUACUUGUUUGGUGUUUUUACUUUCCCACCAUAUAUUUUUUUGGGGGUGUGUGUGGCUUCUUUUCUGAACAUCUCCAUCUCCCCAAGAGCAGUAACUAUCACACUGUAACCUAGCACAUUUUCAACACCUAGCUUGUAAACUUCAGUAUUUGUUGAUUUGUCCUGGAGAGUGGAAAGACCUGUGUUUGUUUUUUUUUUUUUUGGAACAACUUUUUAUAGCUGUCAAGAUAGGAAAUGAAAAACAGACAAUUUGUAUCUUUCCUUUUCCACAAUUGACAGCUUCCUUUGUUCAGGCCUUGACAGUGUUUUGUACCAAGGAGCUUUGUCUUGGUAUGUUUCCUGCUCCAAACAAUAUGUGACUUAAUGACAAAUUCUAAAAUUCUACUGGCAUGCUCUUAAAAGUUGUCCAUAUGAUGCA